AUGUACUCAAGGUUCCUAGAUUUGUUUGCAUCUCUGCAUGUGAACGUACCAUUCAUCAAGGCCAUCCAACAAAUGCCUGCAUUCAUCAAGUAUAUGAAGGAACUUCUUCCCAGGAAAAGCUCACUCAAAGGAGGCCAAACUAUAGUGUUGAACAAGGAAUGUAGUGCCCUUAUUCAACCUGAGUUGCCUGUAAAAAGAAAAGACCCAGGGAGUUUUCACAUCCCCUGUGCCAUAGGAGAAACAAUGUUCGAUAGAGCACUCUGUGAUUUGGGGACAAGCAUCAACUUACUGCCAUUAUCCUUGGUAAAGAGGUUACAGAUCAAUGAGAUAAUGCCCACAGAUGUGGUCAUCAAACUGCCUGACAAGACUCAAAAGCAAGCAAUAGGAGUGGUGGAAAAUGUGUUGCUAAAGGUUGGGAAAUACUUUCUCCCAACAGACUUUGUCAUCCUGGACAUGGAAGAGAGUCACACUCACCCAAUCAUAUUGGGAAGACCCUUCUUAGCUACGGCAAGAGCACUCAUAGAUGUGGAGAAAGGGGAGCUAAUAUUGAGAAUCCUUGAUGAACGGCUCAGCUUUAAUGUCUUCAAACUCUCACAAGAAGCAGACCAAGAGCACAAGGAACCAAGCAAAGAUCAUAAUGAGAUGCUGAAGGAGGAAGCAAGUACUGAAGCACACCCAACCUAUCUGGAGACCCCUUUGGUUGAUAAACAAGGGAAAUAG